AUGGUCACAACCAUCACUAGGUCACCGCUGCUUCUUCUUCAAGUCCUACUUGCGACGGUUGCAACACUACUCGCCGGAACCUCAUCGGCGUUCAGCCUUUGGCCGUACCAGCACGUCCACAUCGUCAACGACUUCCCCGCCGACGAUGAUACGGUCUUGCACGUCCAUUGUUUCUCGAGAAACGACGACAGAGGGCACGUCGAUUUGGGUGUUGGGAAGGAGUUCACAUGGCGGUUCAAGCUCAACGCAUUCCGGCCGACGAGGUGGAGGUGCGAGGUGUACGCCGAUGACACUAAUCACCAUGCCACAUUUGCAGUGGCGUAG